AUGGUCAGCUGGGAUUCGGGUUGCCUUAUCUGCCUGGUGGUGGUCACCAUGGCUGGACUUUCCCUGGCUCGACCUUCGUUUAAUUUAGUUGUUGAAGACGCCACGCUGGAACCUGAAGAGCCGCCAACCAAAUACCAAAUCUCUCAGCCAGAUGUAUAUUCAGCACUUCCAGGAGAACCGCUUGAGUUGCGCUGUCAAUUGAAAGACGCCGUCAUGAUCAGUUGGACUAAGGAUGGGGUCCCUUUGGGGCCCGACAAUAGGACAGUGAUUAUUGGGGAGUACUUACAAAUUAAGGAUGCUACACCCAGAGAUUCGGGCCUCUAUGCUUGCACUGCUGUUAGGACCCUAGACAGUGAUACCCUGUACUUCAUUGUAAAUGUUACAGAUGCUCUUUCUUCUGGGGAUGAUGAAGAUGACAAUGAUGGGUCCGAGGACUUUGUGAAUGACAGCAACCAGAUGAGGGCACCUUAUUGGACACAUACGGACAAAAUGGAGAAAAGGCUACACGCAGUGCCAGCAGCCAACACCGUCAAGUUCCGUUGUCCGGCGAUGGGAAACCCAACACCGACCAUGCGAUGGCUGAAGAAUUAAAAAAAACCCCCAAAACUUGUUGAACUAGGUAAAUACCGAGUCCGCAACCAGCACUGGAGUCUCAUCAUGGAGAGCGUGGUCCCGUCUGACAAAGGAAAUUAUACGUGCAUAGUGGAAAACCAGUACGGAUCCAUCAAUCACACGUACCAUCUCGAUGUGGUCGAGCGAUCACCGCACAGACCCAUCCUCCAAGCUGGCCUUCCAGCAAACGCCUCUGCCGUUGUCGGAGGUGACGUCGAGUUUGUCUGCAAAGUCUACAGUGAUGCUCAACCUCACAUUCAGUGGAUAAAACACGUAGAGAAGAAUGGCAGUAAAUACGGACCAGAUGGACUGCCGUAUCUUCAGGUUUUAAAGGCUGCCGGUGUUAACACCACGGACAAAGAAAUUGAGGUUCUCUAUAUACGGAAUGUAACUUUUGAGGAUGCUGGGGAGUAUACAUGCUUGGCGGGUAAUUCUAUUGGGAUAUCCUUUCACACUGCAUGGUUGACAGUUCUGCCAGCUCCUGAAAAAGAAAAAGAAUAUCCAACGUCACCAGACUACCUGGAAAUCGCAAUUUACUGCAUAGGGGUCUUCUUAAUUGCCUGCAUGGUGCUGACGGUCAUCCUGUGCCGCAUGAAGAACACCACCAAGAAGCCGGAUUUCAGCAGCCAGCCCGCUGUCCAUAAGCUGACAAAGCGAAUCCCUCUGCGCAGACAGGUAACAGAAAGUAGAUAAAGAGUGUCCGCCGACUCGAGCUCCUCCAUGAACUCCAACACGCCUCUGGUGAGGAUAACGACUCGCCUCUCCUCUACUGCCGAUGCCCCCAUGCUGGCGGGAGUCUCCGAAUACGAAUUGCCAGAAGACCCAAAAUGGGAGUUUCCAAGAGACAAGCUGACGCUGGGUAAACCCCUGGGAGAAGGUUGCUUUGGGCAAGUCGUCAUGGCCGAAGCGGUGGGGAUUGACAAAGACAGGCCGAAAGAAGCGGUGACUGUGGCAGUGAAGAUGUUGAAAGAUGAUGCUACAGAAAAAGAUCUGUCUGACCUGGUGUCAGAGAUGGAGAUGAUGAAGAUGAUUGGGAAGCAUAAAAAUAUCAUCAAUCUCCUUGGGGCCUGUACCCAGGAUGGUCCAUUGUACGUGAUAGUAGAGUAUGCUUCCAAAGGAAACCUGCGGGAGUACCUGCGAGCCCGCCGCCCCCCGGGGAUGGAGUAUUCGUUUGAUAUUAACAGGGUACCAGAAGAGCAGAUGACCUUCAAGGACUUAGUGUCGUGCACAUACCAGUUGGCAAGAGGCAUGGAGUACCUGGCUUCCCAAAAAUGUAUCCAUCGAGACUUGGCUGCAAGAAAUGUUUUGGUAACUGAAAAUAAUGUCAUGAAAAUAGCAGACUUCGGUUUAGCCAGAGACAUCAACAAUAUAGAUUAUUAUAAAAAGACUACUAAUGGACGGCUUCCAGUAAAGUGGAUGGCUCCAGAAGCUCUGUUUGACAGAGUUUACACGCAUCAAAGUGAUGUUUGGUCAUUUGGUGUGUUAAUGUGGGAGAUCUUCACGUUAGGAGGAUCGCCCUACCCAGGAAUCCCAGUGGAGGAACUUUUUAAGCUGCUGAAGGAGGGGCACCGAAUGGAUAAACCUGCCAACUGCACCAAUGAACUCUAUAUGAUGAUGAGAGAUUGCUGGCAUGCUGUGCCUUCACAGAGACCAACUUUUAAACAGUUGGUGGAAGACUUGGAUCGGAUUCUCACUCUCACAACUAAUGAGGAGUAUCUGGACCUCAGUGGACCUCUCGAACAGUAUUCACCUAGUUAUCCUGACACGAGGAGUUCGUGUUCUUCAGGUGAUGACUCUGUUUUCUCUCCUGAUCCAAUGCCGUAUGAACCUUGUCUUCCCAAGUACCAACACAUGAAUGGGAGUGUUAAAACAUGAAAAGAAAUCGUACGGAGGAAUAAGGACGCAAGAACAUCAAGCUACCUACCAUAUACAAAAUAAAAUGUUUUCUCCAGGAUAUUAAUGUUUCUGCUUGUACAUAUUAAAUAAGGGGAAAAAAA